UUGAGGGGGGAGUAGGGGGAGACUGGUUGACAGUAGAGCAUUGUCUCAAACAUCAUGGAAACUGGGUUUGCAUCCAGGUUUAGCAAGAAACCAUCUGGGUUAUGUGGAUAAGUCUGGUCCUAUUUUCUUCCCAUUAAACGGGCUAAUCAUACCAGUGGUACCCAUUCACUGUGUUUUAGGAUUUUCAUGAUUGCAUGUUAUCCAGAAUGCAAACAUUAGGGGAAGUCAGAAUGCAAACGUUAGCGUCAUUCUCAUUGCAUCUUUUUUCUCACUUAUUUUCUUCUUGGCAGUGAUGGCUCCCACCCAGAGCAGCUUCUGGCAGUUUCAAAGGAUGGUCAAACAUGUCACAGGGCGGAGUGCCUUCUUCUCCUAUUAUGGAUAUGGCUGCUACUGUGGGCUUGGGGGCAAAGGGACCCCUGUGGACGACACUGACAGACAUGCACCCCUCAUUCCCUCUCCUCUGGCCCCCAGGUGCUGCCUGGCACACGACUGCUGCUAUGAGAAGCUGAAACAGCUCAGCUGCCAGCCCGUGUUGAACAGCUACCAGUUCGACAUCGUCAACGGCACCGUGGCCUGUAGAUGUGCCGUGGGCCCUGGUGUUGGCUGCCUCUGUGGGCUGAAGGCCUGCGAAUGUGACAAGCAAUCUGUGUACUGCUUCAGAGAGAGCCUGCCCACCUAUGAGAAAAACUUCAAGCAGUUCUUCUCCAGCCGGCCCCGAUGCGGCAGGCGCAAGCUCCGGUGCUAGAAAGACACGGGGUCCUCCUUGACAUUCAGCAUCUGCUCCAGUGUCGUUCUUCCAGGAAGCCUUCCAGAUCAUACCCAACAGGCUCCAGCCCUUCUCCCAGAAGGGAGAGCAAAAUGUCUCCCCCAAGGGAGCAGCUCACCCUACAGCAUUCCGGCUCAGGGUCCUCCUUGUUGUUCAGCAACUGGGGGCUGGAGAUCAGCAAUGAAACAGACCAAAUCCCUGUCCUGAAGGAGCUUGUGUUUAUUCUAGAGAGGGAGACAGACCACAACGUAUACAUAAAUACAUUCAGAAAGUGGGAAGUGCUAUAAACAGGCAGUAGGGGAAAGAGAUGUCCCAAAUCCCCCAUCUCUGGAAGUUUCUGGGAGGUAAGAGGCCCCAGGAUCUACCCAGAACUCUCCCUCCACCCCCAUACCAAAUCAGGAUACAGGCAGACUUGGGAGCUGAGCCCACAAACCCAGAUGUAACUGGAAGCAAAGCAGGGGUGACAAGGGCUUGGCACACGCUCCGAGGACUCAAGAAGCACACUUGGAGUUUGUUUGUCAACUGCUCAAGUUUUUUUCUCUGUAAACCCCCAGAUAGGAAAAAAAAUUGAUGCCAUUUUCACCUCUCAGAAGACAGAGCUCCAUAAGAACAUCGACCUCCCACU